GGCAGACUUUCAGGUUAUCGGCGUAUCUGCAGGCCCGGGCCCGAAUUCCCCCAUUUCCUGAAAGGGAAGAAAGUGCUGCGCACGUGCCACACGCGCCUCUCUGUCUUAGGUAAGCCAAUUAAGUCACGUCGGCGUAGCUGCAGGCAGGCGCGCGUCCGUGUCUGCCGGAAUUGUAUGUAGCUCCCAGCGAUAAGUGGUGAAGGCUUUCCACCUGCUGGACGUUGUUGUUGCCUGGAGCGUAGGUCCUCUCUGACUGUUAAAUUUUGUUCUCAGGGAGCGCUACCUUACACGGUUGUGCACGCUCCAACAACUAUCGUUCACCAUGCCUUCUGAUAUCCGGAGCUUCUUUGGCGCGAAGUCGAGCCAAGGCUCAAACGCAUCUCCUGCGAAGCCGGUUGCAAAGAAAGAGGAGCCUGCUACUCGGAAGAAGCGCACUCGGAAGGUUGUUGAUGAUAGUGACGAAGAAGACGUAACUGAGGUGAAGCAUUCACCCCCAAAGGCGAGAACAACAAGCAAGCCGAAACCUGAAGAAUCACAAGGAGAACCGACUUCUACCUCGGACUACUUUGCCUCGAGCAAGAAGCGAGGAAGACCAGCGAAGAGCAACAAUGCGACCACAGCUAAACCGUCGCAGCCAACCCCAGCCGAGCCUGUGCACGAGUCACCGAAGCCUAAGACGCGUGCAGAUACACAGACUACUCCUAAGAGAGCCACUCGUGGAUCUACUAGAAAGACGACAACGGUAGUCGACGACGAUGAGGGGCUGGGUGGCGAUGACGUCUUUGCGACCGAAUACAAGAAGAGAGGCAAAGGCGAUGACGAUUAUGUUGAGGAGGAUGAGCAGGAUGGCAGCGACGACGAUUUUGAAGAGCUUGCCGUGAAGCCUGCCAGCCCGGUAAAACGAGCCGGACGAAGCAAACAACCACCCCCUGCAGAGUCAGACGAUGAUGUGGUAAUGGAAGAUUUGCCUAAGCGCCCCUCUCGCGCAGCGCAAUCGACAACCUCCUGCCCAGCUCGCAAACGGAAGUCGGAAGCAUUGGACAAGGAGGAAGACUCUGAAUUCGAGGCCAGUCCUAAAAAGAGUGCAGUGAAAGCGAAAGCGACGUCGCAUGCCGCCAAAAAGCCCCGAGCGUCUCCGACAAAGACCGAUCGACCCGAGAGCAAGGAAGUCCAGGAUAUCUUUGACAGCAUCCCAACCGUCAAGGCUCCUUCCCCUCCGCCACAGUCGGGCGAAAAGACGAAAUUCAAUUUCGCCGCUCAGGCACAACGUUCAAGGUCUCCUGUGGGCGGAAGCGUGGAGCUGCCAGUCGGAGCAGAGAACUGUCUCGCUGGACUGUCGUUUGUCUUUACCGGGCUUCUGGACACGUUGGGCCGCGAGGAGGGUCAGACCUUGGUGAAGAAGUAUGGUGGCAAGGUUACCGGUGCCCCCAGUUCGAAAACGAGCUACGUUGUUUUAGGAGCGGAUGCUGGGCCCAAGAAGCUCCAGACAAUCCGACAACACAAGAUCAAGACAAUUAACGAAGAGGGACUAUUCGAGCUCAUUCGACGGCUUCCAGCAAAUGGAGGAGAUGGAAAGGCCGGGGAAAAAUACGAAGCGAAGAAGAAAGCAGACGAGGCCAAAGUCAAGGCGAUGGCAGCAGAAAUUGACAAGGAAGAGAAGCGCAAGGAGAUGGCCGCUCGCGCCUCGGAUACUGUUCCGCCUUCAGCAUCUCAAGCGUCCCAAUCCGCUAAAGUCGCUGAUGAACUGUGGACAACCAAAUACGCGCCAACAUCCAUAAGCAUGAUUUGUGGCAACAAGACCCUAGUCGAGAGACUCCAGAAUUGGCUACGAGACUGGCACAAGAACGCGAAAUACAACUUCAAGAGACCUGGAAAAGACGGAAGCGGCCUCUACCGAGCCGUGAUCAUCCAUGGGCCUCCUGGUAUUGGAAAAACUACAGCGGCUCAUCUGGUUGCGAAGCUGGAAAAUUACGAUGUCGUUGAGACUAACGCGAGUGACACAAGAAGCAAGAAACUCGUCGAGAACGGCCUUGUUGGGGUGUUAGACACAACCUCUCUACAAGGAUACUUCGCAGGAGAGGGCAAGAAGGUGAACAGUGACAAAAAGAAAUUGGUUCUGAUAAUGGACGAAGUUGAUGGAAUGUCUGCCGGAGAUAGAGGUGGCGUCGGAGCUCUGGUGGCUGUUGCGAAGAAAACCCAUAUCCCCCUCAUUCUCAUCUCUAACGAGUGGAAAAUUCCAAAAUUGAAGCCCUUCGAAGGCACUGUCUUUGAACUUGCUUUCCGGCGCCCAAGUGCAGAUCAAAUGAGAGCCCGACUUUCAACAAUCUGUUACCGCGAAAACCUGAGAAUACCGCCUCCGGUACUGGACGGUCUGAUCGAAGGAACCCAUUCUGAUAUUCGUCAAAUCAUCAACAUGCUCUCUACUGUGAAACUCGACCAGCAGAAUCUGAAUUAUGAAAAAGGACGGGAAAUGUCGAAAGCCUGGGAAAAGCAUAUUAUUCUUAAACCAUGGGAUAUUGUGAACAAGAUCCUCGGACCCCAAAUGUUCGCACACACCUCAAAAAGCACUCUUAACGACAAAAUCGAACUGUACUUCAACGACCAUGAAUUCAGCUAUUUGAUGGUCCAGGAGAAUUAUCUCAAGACAAGGCAGACAUUGGCCUCUGGGUACCAAGGUCGAGAGCAGAGGCUGAAGCAACUCGAGUUGAUCGACAAUGCAGCAUCUAGUAUCAGCGACGGCGACCUUGUGGAUCGCAUGAUUCAUGGGACCCAGCAGCAGUGGAGCUUAAUGCCUACUCAUGCUGCUUUUAGUUUUGUUCGACCUGCUAGCUUCGUGUAUGGAGCCAUGGGAGAACGGCCUACGUUUGCUGGUUGGUUGGGACAAAACAGCAAGCAAGGAAAAUUGUGGCGUUACGUCAAAGAAAUCCAAGGCCAUAUGCGCCUACGUGCAUCUGGCGACCGGGAUGAGAUUCGGCAACAGUACAUGCCCCUGCUCUGGGAUCGCUUGGUCCGCAGAUUGAAGGAUGAAGGUAAAGACGCCGUUGAGGAAGUAAUCGACUUCAUGGAUAGUUAUUUCCUUACCAGGGAAGACUGGGAUGCCCUAGUAGAGCUGGGCUUGGGUCCGAUGGAUGCAGAGCAUGCGAAGCUGGAAACGCAGACGAAGGCCUCAUUUACACGAGUCUAUAAUCAACGCUCACACCCCCUGCCGUUCAUCAAGGCGAGCAGUGUGACGGCUCCCAAGAAGAUGGCAAAGGAGAAACCCGAUAUUGAAGACGCCGUGGAGGCAUCGGAUGAAGAAGAGGUUGUUGAAGAGUCAAAGGACGAUGAAGCUGAGGAGCUUGACCUGAAGAAAGACAAAUACGUCCGAGUUCCCAAGAAGUCAGCCACCAAGGGCGGUGCUAGCAAGGGGAAGAAGACAAAGAAGACAGCGGACGAAGAUGAUGUCGAUGACGAGGAGAAGCCGAAGAAGGCGAGAGGUCGGAAGCCCAAAGCAAAGUCUGGGUGAUGUUAACACGAGGUGAAAUCUUUUAUGUAUGAUACUCUGAGCGAGCCCUGGAUGUGAGGCAGGAUCUGGCCGGACGUUGCAGGCCUGGUUUUCGU